UCGAUAGCGCCAGCUAUACUCCAUUCGGUUGACCAAGCGUGGCUAAUCAAAGCAUCAAAAGUCGCCGACGACGACGACGACGCCGACGCCUUCGCCUUCGCCUUCGCCUUCGCACACGCACGUGUGUAGGAGCCAGCGUGCGAACGAGAAAGCGCGCCAUCCGGGUACACGUGCAACCUCUUCGUCGGCCUUCGUCGCCUUUCUCCUCGCCUACUACGCCUACCGACCUAACACCUUAAUAACGGGAUUCUCCCUACGGUUUCUUCUGCCGCAGGAAAAUGAGCAGCUCCGAGGAGGUGUCCUGGAUCUCGUGGUUCUGCGGUUUACGUGGAAACGAGUUUUUUUGCGAGGUGGAUGAGGACUAUAUUCAAGAUAAAUUUAAUUUAACGGGACUGAAUGAACAAGUACCACAUUAUCGUCAGGCAUUAGAUAUGAUUCUAGAUCUUGAACCUGACGAUGAUCUAGACGAUAAUCCAAAUCAAUCAGAUUUGAUCGAGCAAGCUGCGGAGAUGCUCUAUGGUCUUAUCCAUGCACGUUACAUACUUACAAAUCGUGGCAUUGCUCAGAUGAUUGAGAAAUACCAAGCGGGCGAUUUCGGUCAUUGCCCGCGAGUUUACUGUGAAUCCCAGCCGAUGUUACCGCUAGGGCUUAGCGACGUUCCCGGCGAAGCAAUGGUUAAAAGCUAUUGUCCCAAGUGCAUGGACGUUUAUACACCGAAGAGUUCGAGACAUCAUCACACCGACGGAGCGUAUUUUGGAACGGGAUUUCCACAUAUGUUGUUCAUGGUCCAUCCUGAAUAUAGACCAAAACGUGCGGCAAAUCAAUUUGUACCUAGAUUAUACGGCUUUAAAAUUCAUCCUGUAGCAUAUCAGAUCCAGCAACAAUCUGCGUCCACAUUCAAAGCACCAUUACGGGCUCUCAACUAUAAUAACGGGAAACGUUAAAAUUAUGUUAGCGAGUAGCCUAGAAUACUUCCUUUCAUUACUCGCAAUUCCUAAUUUCGUCCUUAAAGAUUUAAAUAAAAUAUUUUUUAUAUCUCUGUUUCCUCAAUACGUUGCCGUGCAAGGAGGACACGUUCUACGAAGCCGCUCAUUAUAACUCUUUCGAUUCGCUCAUUGUCUCGACACUCUUAUACGUUCCUGACAUUGAACGAAGAGAAGAGAGAAAGAGGAAAAGAGAAGAAAAAAAGGAGAGAGGAAGGGGGGAGGCGAGCGUUUAGUUUCGUCGUGUGAAUCAUUGUCAUGUUAAUUUAAAUUUGUAGCAACAGUCGUUUUCGUGAAGAACCAAUAUGUUUGUAUAGAAACAUUGAGCAUUAUUCAUUAAAAAAUAGAGAGAAGGAGAAGGAAAUCACGCUUAGAAUAAUUACUAGAUCGUAAAUAAGGAAAGAGAUGAUGAUUAUAAAUAGAACACAUACCCGUUUUGUACGAAUCGCUUGUGUCAUCAUAUUUGCUGCCAAGUAGUUCCUAAACAUGUGCAGGAGCAGACUUCCUGGGAAAGUCGAGAAGCGAGUAGUACCGGGUUCACAUUGGUUCUUUUCAAGACGUGAGAAGAUGUAUAAAGGAAAAUAGCCAUUAAUUAUAAUUUAAUUUAAUCGCCGAAUAAUUUGUGUGCGAACUGUGACAGAAACAGAUUUAUUAAUAUAUUUGUAUAAGUAAUGGGUUACAUAAUUUUUGUCAACAAAAACUGUCGAUCACGAGACAAUAUUUCAGAGGGAGGAACUUCAGAAAUGAAGACUGUAUUUCUCAAUAAGAGAAAAGAGGACUAUAAGCCAACUAUUUUAGUUUCUAUCACAGUUCCCGAAACAUUUUUCUAGCCACUUAGCAUUCGGUGGGAGAACCAUUUUGCGACAAAAGGAUAAAAUUCUGCAUACUGAUUUUUAAAACAUACAGCAGCAAAACUACUAGUAGCAAUUUCUUCAUUUUGUAUUUAUUACAAUCGUUUGCGUAACGAUGGAGUUUUUAGUCUAAUGGAUUUCAUAUCUCUAAAUUCAAUUGAUAUUAAGAAAAACUGUUGUAUUGUAUUUCCACCUUAAAUUAAAACAUGACUUAUUUACACGCUUUUUUCUUUUAUAUACAAAUUUAGUUGAAUGUUUGUCAAAGUACGUAAUUUAAUUAAUUCAUAUUACCAUAUGUUAAUUGUAUUUAUAUAGACAAGUUAUUAGAUCAAUGCUUUUGUCUACAAUUUAUAUUUCAUGAAUACAUGAAUUUUUAUAGAACUAAUUAUUAACAUCUCAACUGUGAUCGGUUUAUCUGUAAUGCUUAGAUUUUAUUAUUUACAUUUUUUUGUAUCUGCUAUUGACUUAAUUAAGAGUAAGUUUAGAGUUAUUUGUUUAAAAAGUGUUUAAAAAUAUACCUUCAGUGCGUUA